AGCAUGAACCGCUGAUGAGAGUCCUAUUUCAGUGAAUGCCGAUGAACGUCGUAGACAGAUUUACUACAAAAAUACAAUUUAUGUGAUAAUAGUAAUAGACACUUGAUUAAUAUCUGUCUGAAUUUUCGCCUGUAUACAGCCCUUGUGCUUUCUUUACUAGAAAUUAACUUAUCCCGAUCUAAAAUGCGGGAAUGCUGUGUCACUGGGUGAUGGGUCACAAAUCACAAUUCGCAUGACCAGUCACCAGUGUCCAUAACGGAGGGCGAGCGGGUCACGCGAGUCGCUAAGUAGCUGUUGUCUAGAUCCUACGGAUAGAACAAGUGUAGCAAAGAUGUCAGAUUCUGAAGAAGAAGCCCUUACAACUCGUGACUAUCAGGAGAUAGCAGAAGAAAUUGAAAAGUAUAAAAGGGAUCCUGAAACUUCAGAAAUGUUUGUGUCGGGCUGGGAUGAUGCUGACGUUGGUGUUGAUAUUGUGAAAAAUCCAAAGGCCAAUCCUAUAGAUCAUAUUUUAUGGGCAGCUGAAAAUGGUGAACUGGAGACUAUAAAGGAUAUUCUAAGUAAUCAACCAGGUCUGGUCCAUGCCAAGGAUGCAGAUGGAUACUCUCCUCUUCAUAGAGCAUCAUAUAGCAACCAUAUUCAUGUAAUAUCACAUUUGCUUAGUGUUGGAGCUAAUGUUCUUUCAAAAACUGAGCUUGGUUGGACACCAUUACAUUCAGCAUGUAAAUGGAAUAAUUAUGCUGCUGCUGCCCGAUUGCUUGCAGCAGGAGCUGACCCUGCAGCUUUGUCUAAUGGAGAACUAACACCACUACAUUUGUUAUCUUCAAUUGGUCAGUCGAAAUCCACUUUGUUAAUUUUAUUUCUAAGAGAAGACGUAGUAGAAAUUGCUCAAAAACCAAAUAAUUCAAAUGAAACUCCUAAAAUAUUAGCUUGUGGUCAUGGAAUCUAUGCCCCUCUGUUUGAUAUGGUUCUCCCAGCAGCAUCACAUAUACGAUCUUUAGAGUUCACAUGCAAUCCUUAUAUAAGAAAUUAACUAUUAAGUUUAAUGGAACAAUAUGUUUGGGAAUAAUGGCACAAUGGUAGUAAGUUAAUAGCUUUGAGGCAUUUUGUCUUUUGCUUCUCUGUUAUUGGAUAGUCAGCUUUUUGAAAUGGAGAUAAAAUAACUGCACGCCAAGCCAAACAUAUAGUACUAUCUAAAGGGUGGGACAUUUUCAAUAAUAAUGGAAUCAAUUCCUCAUGUAAUGAAGUCUUCAACAAUAGUGGUAUAAGGUCACGAAUACUUUUUAAGUCUCCAUAUCUGUAUGCUAAUUCAGCUGAUACCUUUAAUGGUUCAAUACUGGUUCCACAUGCUUGAAUCAACUGACUUAUAGCAUUUAUUUUAUCUUGUUUGAAAGAACCUACUACCCAAGGCAUAUCAAUUCUUUCAAAGUGGACUGUAUACAAAAGCUCAAGUAAUGUUGGCCAGAGGUUUUGGUGGUCUUUAUUUGAAACUUUUACUGCAAUCUCUUGAUCUACAACACUCAUUAAACAUUGUAAAGCUCUAA